AGACUAUGAAGCUUCUACUUCUCUCCCUGCUGGCAGUAGCAGUUCUUGCCAAGAAAGAGUCAAAGGAAGAAAUCAAAGAUUUAUCCCAUGGAUAUCCAAGUGCUAUCGAAUGGGUUGAGUUUGACAAAGCUAUUGGAAUCGCGAAGGACUUGAAUAAACCAAUCUUCUUCCUCAUUCACAAGACCUGGUGUGGAGCUUGCAAAUCUCUCAAGCGCGAACUUAAAAGUUCACCAAAAACCGAUGAGCUUAUCAUUCUCUCUCGUAAAUUUGUCAUGGUGAACGUAGAAGAUGAUGAGGAGCCAGAGGAUCCAAAAUACUCACCAGAUGGAGGAUACAUUCCAAGAAUUUUAUUCCUUGACACCGACGGAAACCCAUUGAAGACUAACAACGAGCGCAAGUAUAAGAAUAACAAGUACUUCUACCCACUCCCAGCUCAAAUUAUCGACGGAAUGGAGAGAGCUCUUUUGGAGUUUGGAACUGAUGAGGAACCAGCCAAGGGUGAGGUCAAAUCUGAGAAGAAGGAAGAGAAGAAGGAAGAGGCAAAGAAAGAAGAGAAGAAAGUAGAGAAGAAGGAGGAGAAGAAGGACAAGAAGAAGGAUGAGAAGAAGGAGGAGAAAAAGGAAAAGAAGGAAGAUAAGAAGAAGGAUGAGAAGAAAAAGGAUAAGAAGAAGGAGGAUAAGAAAGACAAAAAGGACAAGAAGGACAAGAAGGAUAAAAAGGAUAAGAAAGAGAAAAAGGAUGAUAAGAAGUCUAAGAAAAAUAAGAAGGAAGAAUUAUAAGUCAGAUCAUUUUUGCCUGAGUUUCAUAAGUUUACUUUCAUAUAAUUUACAACUGGUUUCCUAUCAUUCUAUGUUUCAUAGUGAUUUGCAAUUUCUGUGGUUCCCUUUGUUUUUUUGUAUUCACUUUCAUGCCCAAACGAUUAUCCAAUUUGAUUCAUAUUAUUUUACUGGUUCCCGAAUGCUGCGGCGGAGAGCAUAAUAAAAUUUUUAAAACCUG